GUGGUCUCCAACCAACACCAACCCAUCUCUGUCUCUCUUUCCUCCUUUUCUUCCUCUCACACUCUCUCUCCUUUAUAUUUAAUAAUCUUCUCACACCCUUUGAAACUUCAGGGCUCAACCUCAAAUCAUAAUCAGCUCUCUCACACAAACAACCAUUUAGAGGUAACCCCCUUAUUGCUGUGAUCAUAAAACAAUUUCAUAAUCCUAAAUCCACUCACUUUGCAGCUUUUUACAAACCAAAAUGGCUUCUCCACCAGACACAAGCAAAACCAUAAAGCUUGAACGUUACAACAGCUACAUCAGAAAAGUUAACAGCACUAAACUCCUUAACGCUUCUUCCAAACUUCUCUUCCGUGCCACACUUUUAAUAGCACUUGUUCUUGUUUUCUUCUUCACCUUCAAUUAUCCACCACUCUCCGACUCCACCAACCACCACUUCCACACACACUCCCACUUCCUCACCUCCGCAUUCGGCGGUGGUGGAGCAUGGGAAAGACAUGUCCGUCACUCCGCCAUUCCCCGUCGUCCUAAUGGUUUCACCGUUCUUGUCACCGGCGCAGCUGGUUUCGUCGGUUCACACUGUUCCCUCGCUCUUAAAAAGCGCGGCGACGGUGUUAUCGGUUUAGACAAUUUCAACAGCUAUUAUGAUCCAUCUUUGAAACGCGCUCGUCAAGCUUUGUUAACUCAGCAUCAAAUCUUCAUAGUAGAAGGUGAUUUAAACGACGCGCCAUUAUUAACAAAACUCUUCGACGUUGUUCCGAUCACCCACAUCCUUCACCUCGCAGCACAAGCCGGAGUUCGUUACGCAAUGCAAAAUCCACAAUCUUACAUCAAAUCCAACAUUGCUGGUUUCGUUAACCUUCUAGAAGUUUCCAAAGCCGCAAAUCCUCAACCAGCGAUAGUUUGGGCUUCAUCAAGCUCCGUUUACGGUCUCAACACUGAAAAUCCAUUCUCCGAACUUCACCGGACAGAUCAACCGGCGAGUCUCUACGCCGCAACUAAAAAAGCCGGCGAAGAAAUCGCACAUACUUACAAUCACAUCUACGGUCUCUCCCUCACCGGACUCCGAUUCUUCACCGUCUACGGUCCUUGGGGAAGACCAGACAUGGCAUACUUUUUCUUCACCAAAGAUAUUCUCCACGGAAAAACGAUCGAUGUUUACCAGACACAAGAAGGUAAAGAAGUGGCGCGUGAUUUCACGUAUAUCGAUGAUAUCGUUAAAGGUUGUGUAGGAGCGUUGGAUACGGCGGAGAAAAGUACUGGAAGCGGAGGAAAGAAAAAAGGACCGGCGCAGUUAAGAAUUUACAAUCUCGGAAACACAUCGCCGGUGCCGGUGGGUAAACUUGUUUCGAUUCUUGAGAAUUUGUUAAGUACGAAAGCGAAGAAGCAUAUAAUUAAGAUGCCGCGAAACGGUGACGUUCCAUAUACACAUGCGAAUGUUACAAUGGCUUAUAAAGAUUUCGCGUAUAAACCAACGACGGAUCUCGCGACGGGGUUGAGAAAAUUCGUGAAGUGGUACGUUCGUUAUUAUGGGAUUCAGUCGAGGCUAAAAAAGGAAAAUGAAUUACCCGAGGAUUCCGCUUGAUUAUUAUUGUUGUUAUUCUCGUUGCAUCACAUCACAUCACAUGCCUCUCAUUUUCAACAGCAACGAAAAAGAACCUUCUCUCAUUUUUCUUGUUUUUUUUUUUUUUUUGGAAUUAUUUGUUGUUAAUUAUUAUUGUGUCGGUGAAUUAAGUUAUAUAGAUAUAUAAA